AUGGCCUCCGACGGAGCGACUUCGGCGGCGCUGGCGAGUCGGAGGAAGCCAUCGUGGAAAGAGAGAGAGAAUAACCGAAGGAGAGAACGAAGGAGAAGAGCGAUUGCGGCCAAAAUAUAUUCUGGACUUCGAGCUCAGGGGAACUAUAACUUACCGAAGCACUGUGACAACAACGAAGUUCUCAAAGCGCUUUGCGCAGAAGCUGGUUGGUGCGUCGAAGAAGACGGAACCACAUAUCGCAAGGGCUGCAAGCCACCUCUGGCAAAUGGUGCAGGGAGCUCCAUGAGAAACAUUCCCUUUUCUUACUCACAAAAUGCUAGUCCUUUCACUUCGUCGUAUCCCAGUCCAAUUCCUUCAUACCAAGUGAGUCAUUACUCCUCCUCUUUCCCCAGUCCGUUUCGUUUAGAUGCGGAUAAGGACAAUGUGUCAAACCUCAUUCCAUACAUUCGCAAUGCGUCCCUGUCUCUUCCUCCUCUGCGGAUAUCAAACAGUGCCCCUGUGACGCCGCCUCUGUCAUCACCUACGUCAAGAAAUCCGAAACCAAUUCCUACAUGGGAGUCUAUUGCAAAAGAAUCCAUGGCCUCCUUCCAUUACCCUCUUUUUGCAGCUUCUGCUCCUGCCAGCCCCACGCACCGUCACAUUUACACCCCGGCCACUAUUCCAGAAUGCGAUGAGUCUGAUACUUCCACCUGUGUGUCUAGCCAGUGGGUGAAAUUCCAAGCAUUUGCUCCUUCUUCAUAUGUGUUGCCAACUUCACCAACCUUCAAUCUUGUUAAACCUGUGGUUCCUCACGGUGUGCCUGAUAACUUAAUCCAAGAGAUGAGGACGAGUUCAGAAGAGUUUGGGGUACAGGUAAUGCCUUGGGUUGGGGAAAAAAUUCAUGAAGUGGCAAUGGAUGAUUUGGAACUCACACUUGGAAGUGGGAAGGUGCAGAGUUAG